AUGUUACAUUUCACAACUACAGAACGCGUUAUUAUCGGUACAUUGGGUAAUUGUCUCUCAAUUCUUGUUCUAUUACGGCAAAAUUUAAGACGUCAUGUGACAAUGAGAUAUUUAAUUGCUGUUAGUGUAGCCGAUACUGUAUCAUUAUAUGGAUGGAAUUUAAAUAAUUUUUACAAAUUCACAAUUAAUCCCAGGCAAGACAAUUUAGAAGAAAUAUCAAUAUUUCAUUGUCGAGCCGUAUCGUUUAUGUCAUUUGUCGGUUUACAAUUAUCGUCGUGGUGUUUAACGGCAGUUAGCCUAGACCGCUGUUUAAGUUUAUAUUCAAUGGCUUGGAAACACUCAUUUGGUAAAUUAUCCCGUACCGUAUAUAACAUACUUGCUUUAACAAUUCUUUGUCUCUUGCUUAAUUGCCACAUAUUAUUCAAAAAUGGUUAUCGUGUUAAUAAUCCAUCAUGCACACAAGAUUGUGUUAUCUGUUAUAAAACACCAACAGAUUCGACAUAUAUUUUUCCUAAUUGGGAACGUGUACAUCUUAUUGUUUACAAUCUAUUUCCAUUCAUCAUCAUGAGUGCUUGUAAUACGUACAUUAUCUAUGUCACUAUAAAUUCAUCUCGUAUAAAAACAAAAUCUCGUCGAUCUCAGAAUCAACUUCGUCAAAUAACAGUCAUGCUAAUUUCCGUUACGUUUGCAUUUAUACUUUUAACAUUACCCACAUGUGUCUAUUUCGUUUUUUUUCGUCAUCAUAUGUCUGGUGAACCACGUCUUUAUCGAUAUAUGUUACAAAUUAUUCUUGUUAGUAUUCAAUUUACGAGUCAUGCCGUCAAUUUUUUUCUCUACUGUUUUACGGCGACAAACUUUAGACAUGAAUUAUUUGCUGUUGUAAAAUUAAUCUGUCACAAACAGACAACAAAUAUACAGACACAAACGACCUUGCGAAUGCCUCAACAACAGGCGAAGGAGAACCAAGAUGGUGCAACAUUGGAAAAGCACCGAAUAGAAAUUAAUAAUAAGAACGUUAGAACUAUAGCUGGAAAGCAAAAAGAGAAAGAAAUCAUAAAAGAUACUUCAAGUCAAGAUGUAAUAAAUGAAGAUUCAAGUUAA